UCCCUUGCAUUGGACUCGACUGAAAUGCUGUAAUAUGGGCCCAUUCAUGUCGUACUUUGGUAAAUGUAUCGGAAGGAGCUGGUUGAAACGUGCUCUGGAUGCCUAACGCGUAUCAGCAUGCCCCUCUGCUAUGACUUUGAACUGUGUACCAAUCUACGUAAUGGACUCAACUGGCAGCAACCCUUGGAGCGGAAGCAGGUUCCAACGAUAAUAUGAGUGGAGUGGGAUCUAGAAAUGGUGAAAUAUUAGACAGGAGAAAACAACUACAGGCGGUGUGAUUCCAACUGCUCUGCACGUCUUCUGAAAGUUUUCUACAGUCUAGCAACUUGCUGAUUUUCUCGCUACGUUGCUACCGUUGCCGUGAACGCGUUACAUGAUACUCCCUGAGCGCCAGCCUGGUACAAGUGGCAAGUAUGCUGUCUUCUGUAAUUCAUGCAUAAUUCUGCCUGAAGCUAAAUCGUGCAUGGAAACGUCUAGACAAUUAAGUCCUCUACGGAGAAAGAACGUAUCUCUUUCCAAGCAACCCCCGCUAGAGAAUUCUGAAGUAAUGGCUACGGGUCCCAAUUCUCCAUUCACGAAGGUCCUCAUUUGGCCUUCGGCUUAUGUGAAGAACUGACUGCUUAUUCUACGACGAGACAUGUUGCAAUUUAUCAUAUCCCCCCUAAGGGAUUCUUAUAUGUCAGACAUUUGCGACAAUUGCCUGCGGUUGUAAUCCUCGUAACGGAGAUUAUGCGCUUAUAAUGUAUGAAUUACAUAAGAUGACAGUAGGAAAUUGUACGGAAGUUAUAUUUUCUAUGUGGUCACGCUGAUAUGCGUAUGCACUGGAGGUCAUUCGGGGAAGGUAAGCCACAUUCUAAAAUCGUUUCUCGUUGUGAAUUCGUGACUGCUUACUUGUAUUUAGGACUCUCAUAUAUUCCUAUCACCGUGUCAGGAAAAUACAUGCUAAUGAGAAUGGAGUAUUGACCUUCAUCGACAUCUGGCUCAUUGUUUCCGGGAACUCACUACGGUCGCAAAUGCUCGUAUGCACGACCUUAUUCGGGCGGUAACCUGGCCCGUUCAGCUACUAGAAUCGCAAGAUCGGGACCCCGGAGCUUGUAAAACAUGGAUGCGCCUUAGUGAUUAAUGAGGCAACACAGCAGAUUGCAUGUAUUGAACGUGGGGCUUUGUUGGAUUGUGGGUAAUACAUAGUCAGUGCCACUGUCGUAAAACGACACAGAAUGCCACAGCUCGUAUACGACUACGGAGCGCUUGGAGAGGAACGCUUUGUUUACCAGACGGCACUGUGGGUACAAAAACGGUGGUACCUUACAUUUUGUUGAUGCAUGGGAUGCUAAUGAUACAACCCUACCCUUCCGCGACAAGUAUACACGAUUUUUAGUACUGUUGGCGCAUGCUGGUCGAUGUGACCGAAGAGGAAUAUUCUAGGAGGAGAGAGCGUUUUCGUGGUCAACCUCGCUAAACACAGGCUGCGGGACACUCCAUACAGCCAUAUUGCUGCCGCAGUUCACUGCGCUGGGAUUUCGUAACCAUAUCAUAACGACGGUUGAGAGCUGCCAUUGUCCAACAGGAUUGCUGAUUUGAUAGUUCACUGGCCUCUUACUCACCAGAGCGGUCGGGGAUUGACCUGGAAGCAGCCAUGAUGGUAAACUGGAGAACCAGCGGUCUUCUUAUCGUCUCUUUUGUCUUUGCACUGGUUGAAAGCAGCAACACGCCCUACCCCAUGACCGUCAGGGGGAUGGUGGGCGACCGUGUGACCCUCCGCGGGAAAUUCCAGGAAAGCCUGGCGGGCGUCAUCGCCAUAACCUGGAGUAAGAUAGACAGCGCUGACGGUGGUUCCAGGAACGCAGUCGCCAUUUGGUCUCCCAGUGGCAAAGAUGCUAGAGAUAUGACCUUUGACCCCUUGAAGGAGAGGACAAGACUAAACAGGGAUGGUUCCCUGACGCUACAGCCCGCCAUCUCGUCUGACCAGGGACUUUACGUACAGACGGUUCUGAUUGAUGGAGUUGGGCAAAAGGAAUAUUACGUCGCGGUGGAAAUUCACGUACCACCAACUGUUAAGCUGUCUAUGCCGAGAAGAGGACAAGCCGUGGAGCAUUCUACAUUGUCUCUCCACUGCUCUGUGGAGAACACCAGUGCCUUAGUCAGCCCUAUAUACUGGACUAAAGACGGAGGUAUAAUCGACACCAGCAUGCGGAUGUCAGUCACGUUAAAAAGUGGAGACAACAUCAGGAACACUUCGUUAGUGAUUCCGUACGUCGAGAGAAAAGAUGGCGGGAAUUAUUCGUGUGUGGCGGAGUACCUCACGGGAUUUCAAACGGCCAGCGUUCUAUUGGACGUGUUGUACGCGGCAAAGAUCAUCAACAUCUCCAAUCCCAUCGUGCCUUUCGUCGGAGAAAGCGUGGAGCUGCUGUGCCAAGCCGAGGGAAACCCCACCCCAAACGUCACGUGGUACAAGGCAGGGCUCGGGGAACCAAUCGCCUUCGUCCGCGGGGUCAACAGGAGGGCUUCCGCCUCCGUCAUCAUUCCUGAGUUGAAGACCAAUGAGAGCCAAGAUUACCUCUGCGUGGCGUCCAAUGACGUUGCCGAUGCCGAUUUCAAAUCCGUGUUUAUUUCAUUCGUUGAAACGGCAGCCAUGACAGAAGUGAUAUCCCCCGUGCGACGACUGUUCAAGAUAGCCAUCAUAGCUGGCAGCGUUGCAGGCGGAGUGCUAGUCCUGACGGCGAUCCUCCUUGUUGCGCUAACGGUGUGCAGGAGAGAUAAGCAUCGGGCCGCCUGGACUCAGUGCCAGCUCGUCAACGUGGUCCCUCCGAUCCCCGAGUCCGAGAUGGAAGUCGCUCCCAACAAUUGUGAUGAAGACUUCGAUAAGCUGGCAAACGAUGGAGAUGUGUCUCCAGACCGCUGCGUGGCAAGGGCCAUCAUGCCAUACGAGGUCAGCGAGCCAGGCCUACUCCAUUUGAAUGUCAACGACAUCGUUGAAGUACUAAAAACGGGCAAUGACGGAUGGUGGUUCGGAUAUUGCCAGGGGAAGGUCGGGGCCUUUCCCGCAGCAUGUGUGGAGAUCCUCACGAAGCCAGAUGCGCUAAGCAGAGGUCGCCGGCGUAGCAGUUCUACACAACUUCCUGAAUGCGAGUGCUCGUACGCAACACUCCCGCUAAGGGCACACAGAUGCUCUUCAAAGGAGCAAAUUGACGACAGAACUUUGCCGUUACGGCGAUGCUACAAGACAAAAGAGCGCAGUCCCCGGCAACAACGUAAAUAUUCAGAUACAGACAUCCAAGCAGAUGGACAUCCAACAAUACCAACAGUUUCCGGUCGCGUCACUACGAACCUUUAACGGACACAUUGCGAUUUUUUUCUUGAUUGAUUGACAACCUUUUUGUAUCUGACAUUGGCUGCUACUAUAGUAUGUGCAGCAUACAUAUAAAUGCUGCUUCGAUCUACUUGUAGUUAGAUUCGAAUCUCUGUAGAGGUAGAGUCUCAAAUAUUCGAAGAUCCAUUUAAACGUAUAUAUAUAUAUAUGCAGUAUAAACGGGAUAUAGUCCAUGGAAUAGUUGAACAAGGAUAGAUUCCCAGCAAUAGCACAUGUAGUACUUCCCAUUGACCAUGACUGGACGCUACGGAAAGCAUAUAAUUGAAAGCAAUUUCAACUUACGAUGCUAUAUUCAUCUCAAACUUUGUCGAUGAAAAUUUAAGUUUUAGUUUUAUUACAAUACUGUAAC